GCCUCCCCAGUAGCUAGGACCACAGGGAGAUCCCACCAAGUUCAGUUAUUUUUUGUGUGGAGAUGGGGUCUUGCUUUGUUGCCCAGGUUAGUCCUGAACUCCUGGGCUCAAGUCUUCCCUCAUCAACAUUCCCACGUUCUGGGAUUGCAGGUAUGAGCCACUGUGCCUGGCCCUAACUAUUCUGUAAAAAUGGGGGACUUGCCAUGUUGCCCAAGCAGGUCUCCCGACUCAAGCGAUCCUCCCACCUCGGCCUCCCAAAGUGCUGGGUUUGCAGGCGUGAGGCACCUCAGCUGGGCUUCCUAGGAAGUCUUACACUCAAUUCACUGAGAGGGGACUUGAAUCUGGGCGGUCCAUACUCUGUUGUUUAGGGCGUUAACUUACAGCCUAUCUCAUCCAACUACUGAGUGGGGUUAAAACUGAUUAUCUGCCACUUUUACUUAAACAUGGGGCGUGUUUGUGGAGGAAGAGCAGAAACGACGGACUUUGCAGAUAGUGCCCACUGUGGCAUCCAAUUUUGGCUGGAUCUUUGGAGCAGAAAAUGGUGGGAAACAAUGCUUUAAAAUGGUCGCUUCCAUCUUUCGUCCCCUAAACGCCCGCGCUUCCCAAGCCCACGGCUUGCCCAAGGAGGGGACGAAACUACCCCCGGCGAGGUCAGGAGGCCCGUCAGGGCACCACGGCUGGAUAAGAAAUGGCUUAGACCCCCGACACAUCAGGGGUCGCGCGAUCGUCCACUUCGGCCCUCGGAAGCCCUCCCUCCGCGCAGGGAGAGCCCCUCCUCUCCCCGCCGAGGCCGCGCUUGGUCCAGCCGGCUUCCCGUAGUUCCUCACGCUCAAGCCGUUCUCGUCUCGAAAAGCCGCGCGAGACUUGUAAGAGUCCGCCCCUUUCCCAUCACGCCCUGCUCUCCCCGCCAGUCGCGCUCCGUUCGUUAGUUCCAGUUCGGGCCGCGAGAGGGGGAGCUUUGUGCCGGGGAGGCGCGAGUGACGCAGGCGCAGCGCGGGUGGCGCGCGCGACCGUCCAUCCUCGGUUGUUCCACUUUUGUUCUCCUUUCUUUGGCCCUCUCGCCAAGAGCUCCGCGUCUCCCUCUUGCCCUCUUCGCCGUCCUCGUCGCGCGCCCGCGGCCCGGGUCGCCCUGAAAUCUAGCCGGUCAGAGCGCGAGUCCAACAGCCGCGGCAGCUCCCAGGCUGUGCCAUGGGUGACAGUGAUGACGAGUACGAUCGAAGGCGCAGGGACAAGUUCAGAAGAGAGCGGAGCGACUACGACCGUUCCCGCGAGAGAGAUGAAAGACGUCGAGGGGACGAUUGGAAUGACAGAGAGUGGGACCGUGGCCGUGAGCGCCGCAGUCGGGGUGAAUAUCGGGACUAUGACCGGAAUCGGCGUGAGCGCUUCUCGCCACCCCGCCAUGAACUCAGCCCGCCACAGAAGCGCAUGAGGCGAGACUGGGAUGAGCACAGCUCUGACCCAUACCACAGUGGCUAUGAGAUGCCCUAUGCUGGGGGGGGUGGGGGCCCAACUUAUGGCCCCCCUCAGCCCUGGGGCCACCCCGAUGUCCACAUCAUGCAGCACCAUGUCCUGCCGAUCCAGGCUAGGCUGGGCAGCAUCGCAGAGAUAGACCUGGGUGUGCCGCCGCCAGUGAUGAAGACUUUCAAGGAGUUUCUCCUCUCCCUGGAUGAUUCGGUGGAUGAAACGGAGGCCGUCAAGCGCUAUAAUGACUACAAGCUGGAUUUCCGGAGGCAGCAGAUGCAGGAUUUCUUCUUGGCGCACAAAGAUGAGGAGUGGUUUCGGUCUAAGUACCACCCAGAUGAGGUGGGGAAACGUCGGCAGGAGGCCCGGGGAGCCCUGCAAAACCGACUGAGGGUCUUCCUGUCCCUCAUGGAGACUGGCUGGUUUGAUAACCUUCUCUUGGACAUAGACAAAGCUGAUGCCAUUGUCAAGAUGCUGGAUGCAGCCGUGAUUAAGAUGGAAGGAGGCACAGAGAAUGAUCUCCGCAUCCUGGAGCAGGAGGAGGAGGAGGAGCAGGCAGGAAAGCCCGGGGAUCCCGGCAAGAAAGAGGAAGGCCGGGCUGGAGCAGGCCUAGGGGACGGGGAACGCAAAGCCAAUGACAAGGAUGAGAAGAAGGAAGACGGCAAGCAGGCCGAGAAUGACAGUUGUAAUGAUGACAAAACCAAGUCUGAGGGUGACGGAGACAAGGAAGAGAAGAAAGAAGAUUCUGAGAAGGAAGCCAAAAAGAGUAGCAAGAAGCGGAACCGGAAGCACAGUGGGGACGACAGCUUUGACGAGGGCAGUGUGUCGGAGUCCGAGUCGGAGUCUGAGAGCGGCCAGGCUGAGGAGGAGAAGGAGGAGGCCGAAGCAGCGCUCAAGGAGAAAGAGAAGCCCAAGGAGGAAGAAUGGGAGAAGCCCAAGGAUGCUGCGGGGCUGGAGUGCAAGCCUCGGCCGUUGCACAAGACCUGCUCCCUCUUCAUGCGGAACAUUGCGCCCAAUAUCUCCCGGGCUGAGAUCAUCUCCCUUUGUAAAAGGUACCCAGGCUUUAUGCGGGUGGCGCUCUCGGAGCCGCAGCCAGAGAGGAGGUUUUUCCGUCGUGGCUGGGUGACCUUUGACCGCAGUGUUAACAUUAAAGAAAUCUGUUGGAACCUGCAGAACAUCCGCCUCCGGGAGUGCGAGCUGAGCCCUGGUGUGAACAGGGACCUGACCCGACGUGUCCGCAACAUCAACGGCAUCACCCAGCACAAGCAGAUCGUGCGCAACGACAUCAAGCUGGCGGCCAAGCUGAUCCACACACUGGACGACAGGACCCAGCUGUGGGCCUCAGAGCCAGGGACGCCUCCCCUGCCAACGAGCCUGCCCUCGCAAAACCCGAUCUUGAAGAAUAUCACAGACUACCUGAUCGAGGAAGUCAGUGCUGAGGAGGAGGAGCUGCUGGGGAGCAGCGGGGGUGCCCCGCCUGAGGAGCCUCCUAAGGAAGGGAACCCGGCAGAGAUCAAUGUGGAGCGGGAUGAGAAGCUGAUCAAGGUCUUGGACAAGCUGCUUCUCUACCUGCGCAUCGUGCAUUCCUUGGAUUAUUACAACACCUGUGAGUACCCCAACGAGGACGAGAUGCCCAAUCGUUGUGGCAUCAUUCACGUUCGGGGGCCCAUGCCGCCCAAUCGCAUCAGUCAUGGGGAAGUGCUGGAGUGGCAGAAGACGUUUGAAGAGAAGCUCACGCCGUUGCUCAGUGUGCGGGAGUCGCUUUCAGAGGAAGAGGCCCAGAAGAUGGGCCGCAAAGACCCAGAGCAGGAAGUGGAGAAAUUCGUUACCUCCAACACGCAGGAACUGGGCAAGGAUAAGUGGCUGUGUCCUCUCAGUGGCAAGAAAUUCAAGGGUCCUGAGUUUGUGCGCAAGCAUAUCUUCAACAAGCAUGCUGAGAAGAUUGAGGAAGUGAAAAAGGAGGUGGCGUUUUUUAACAACUUCCUCACUGAUGCCAAGCGCCCAGCUCUGCCUGAGAUCAAGCCAGCCCAGCCACCUGGCCCUGCCCAGAUACUCCCCCCAGGUUUGACCCCGGGACUCCCCUACCCACACCAGACUCCCCAGGGCCUGAUGCCCUAUGGUCAGCCCCGGCCCCCGAUCUUGGGCUAUGGAGCUGGUGCUGUCCGCCCUGCAGUCCCCACAGGAGGCCCUCCAUACCCCCACGCCCCGUAUGGUGCUGGCCGAGGGAACUACGAUGCCUUCCGAGGCCAGGGAGGUUAUCCUGGGAAACCUCGCAACAGGAUGGUUCGUGGAGACCCAAGAGCCAUUGUGGAAUAUCGGGACCUGGAUGCCCCCGACGAUGUUGAUUUCUUUUGAACCGUCACCGUUCCUCGCUUCCUCACUCCUGUAUCAUCCUUUACUUGUGACUACCUGGUCCCAUCCAACUCUGAUUUUUUGUACGAUCAGCCUUACUGCCAAUAAAAGCACUUCCACAGGG